CCGUAGAACAGUGAAAAAAGAUACCAAAUGAGUCACUGCCACGACGAACACUGCGAUCACGAACACGAAGAUUUGCCCGAGGCAGGAGAACAAUUUCUUUUGUAUUCACGUAUCGAUCAUGAUAAUGUUCGCUGUUUGAACGAACAAGAACCGGAAAGUGGAAAAAAGGUUAUUCGACCCUGGAACGAACGCAUGGACAAUGCCAAGUUUUUGGAAAGCGAUGCCGACGAACAACUUAUUGUGUUUGUUCCAUUCACAGGCAACGUUAAACUUCGAUCCAUUUGUUUGCGAACCGAUCGUGGCGAUGCAGCGCCUUCCCAAUUAAAAGUAUUUAUCAACCGUGAGGAUGUCGACUUUGAUGUGGCUGAAACUUAUACACCGGUCCAAACGUGGGAACUGGUGCAGGGAUCGGAUGAUGUGAUUGAAUAUGGCACAAGAAUCACCAAAUUCACAAACGUACGAAAUAUCACGCUAUUUUUCCCAGAAAACUUUGGCGAGGAUACCAGCAUCAUUCGGUUUAUUGGGUUCAAAGGAGAAUGGACCGAGGUAAAACGAGAUCCCAUCAUCACAGUAUACGAGGCCAACGCCAACCCUGCCGAUCACAAAAUUCCGGGUGCAGAAAAUAAGAUGGAUCAUUCCAUUCAGUAGAAACAUAACUUUUUAAAUACAAUUUUCUUUUUCCACGACAGGAUCAGAGCAAAGCAAAUGGACCAAAUACUAGACAAAAUCAUUGAUCUAAAUUAUAUGAACCGUGGUACAUAUCAAC